AUGAAACUUUCUACAGAAUCAAAUAGUUGUUUUCAAUUUGAUGUCAUUGACAAGGUGGUCCAGGAGACAUUCUUUCUUAACAGCACAUCCGAUGCUUAUGAGGCAUGUAUUGCAUAUUGCCAAUUAGCCCAGUCAGAUUCUUUCGAGAUUGAGACAUGUGCAAGGUUUUUGGAGACCAAUCCACCAUACACACGAAAAAAGCACUUUGAAGAACUUGGAACAGGAACUACAAAGCCACUGUCUUCCAUUCAGCAGCCACCAGUAUUGAGACUCAAGCAACUACCACCACAUCUCAGAUAUGCCUAUUCGGGAGAAUCAUGUACAACUCCCGCUACACGAAUGGAUCAUUUUCCACUCCCGUUCAUUGAUCAGAUGGUGGAGAGUUUUUGGUUCUUCAUUGAUGAAUGCUUGGAGCACCUAAAUUUGGUCUUACAAAGAUGCAAGGAGACUAAUCUAGUUUUAAAUUGGGAGAAAUGCCACUUUAUGGUGCAGGAAAGGAUUGUGCUUGGGCAUCAAAUCUCAGCAAAAGGAAUUGAGAUGGACAAAGCAAAAAUUCAGGUCAUUGAGAAGUUACCGCAGCCAACAUCGGUAAAAGGGGUUUGUAGUUUCUUGGGACAUGCCGGGUUCUACAAGAGAUUUAUUAAGGAUUCCUCAAAAAUCACUAAGCGUCUAUUCAACCUGAUGAUGAAAGACGUCCCAUUUGAAUUUAAUGAGGAAUGCCUGACAACUUUCAAUACUUUGAAGGAGAAACUCACGUCAGCACCAGCAAUUAUAGCACCUGAUUGGGAAUUGCCUUUUGAAUUAAUAUGUGAUGCCAGUGAUCAUGCCGUGAGUGCAGUAUUAGGACAGGGAAGAAACAAGGUCUUUCAUGUGAUUUACUAUGCAAGCAGGACGUUAAAUGAUGCCCAAAUCAACUACACAACCAUUGAAAAGGAGCUCUUGGCUGUGGUUUAUGCCUUUGACAAAUUCAGCCAAAUCCAUUCCACCGCCGGAUUACUCAAGUCACCAGUGGAAAAAGUUCUUUGCCGAACUGAAGUAUUAUUUUUGGAAGAUCCGAUUUUCUAUAGGCAAGGGACAGAUCAUAUUGUAAGGAGGUGUAUACCUGAAGAAGAAAUACCCGAGAUUCUUGAGUAUUGCCAUUUAUCUGCUUAUGCGGACACUUUGGAGCUUCAAAGACUGCUGCAAAGAUUUUACAUUCAGAAUUUUACUGGCCUACAUUGUUUACGGAUGCCUCGUUUGUCAAGAGAUUAUAUCCUGGUAGCCAUUGACUAUGUGUCUAAAUGGGUGGAAGCAGUUGCAUUGCCAACCAACGACGCGAAGGCAGCGAUUGGAUUUUUGAAAAAAUACAUCUUCACUAGAUAUAGCACACUGCGGAUGAUAAUCAAUGAUGGGGGCAAACACUUCUGUAAUCGCCAGCUUGAACAGUUGUUGACUAAAAAUGUAGUUAAGCACCAUGUAGCUACCCCAUAUCAUCUACAGACUAGCGGAACAGCAUUCAAGAUACGGAUAGGUAUGUCUCCAUACCGCCUAGUUUUUGAAAAAGUGUGCCACCUGCCACUAGAAAUAGAACACCGGGCAUACUGUGCUAUAAAACAGUUGAACAUGGAUUUGAAGGCCGCCGGUGAAAAGCAUUUACUACAGCUUAAUGAGUUAGAUGAAUUCAUAAUGGAAGCAUAUGAAAACUCGAGGCUCUAUAAAGAACGAACCAGGAAGUGGCAUGACUUGCAUAUUCAGAGGCGAGAGUUUGAAGUGGGGGCAAAAAGUGCUAUUGUACAAAUCUAG